AUGUUGAAAAGAAUUCAAUCCGGUUCAAAUUAUGAUUCCUCUCCAACUUCACCUACCUAUCAUUCAAGUGGUGGUAGUAAUUCAUCAUCAUCAUCAUCAGCCUCAUCUUCAUCAAAUAAUAGAGAUAAACAACAAGAACAAUUUAGAAAAAUUCUAUCAGUUUUAAUUAAAAAACCAGGAAAUGGAGAAUGUGCUGAUUGUACAGAAGCAAGACCUGUUUGGUGUAGUGCUACUUUUGGUACAUUUAUUUGUUUGAGAUGUGCUGGUAUUCAUCGUUCAUUAGGAUCACACAUUUCAUUUGUUAGAUCUGCUGAAAUGGACAAGUGGGAUGAAAAACAUGUUAAAAUUAUGCAAUUAAUGGGAAAUGAAAGAGCAAAACAAUAUUUUGAAUGUAAUUUACCAGAAGAUAAAAAGAAACCAGCACGUAUAGAUUCUACUCAAGUUGUUGAACAAUAUAUCAAGGAGAAAUAUGUUAAUUUGAAAUAUGUCCCUAAAAAAGAAGAUGGUAAAAAGAUGACUUUUAAGGAAUUUUUGGAAUUGGCAAAACAACAUGAUGAACCUAAUGAAGAUGACACUCUUCCACAACAAAAGAAAAAGAAGGAAAAAUCUGAAAAAUCUGAAAAGAGUGAAAAGACAACUGUAAAGAAAAAGAAAGUUAAGAAAGUUGUUGCAGAUGAAUCAUCAUCAUCACCAACAACAACCACUUCAAAGAAGAAGACUGAAACAACAGUUGAAGAUUUAAUUGGAAUUACAACCUUGUCACCAUCAAGUACACAAAACUUGACAAGCAUUGAUGAUUUUAUGAGUGAUAUUAUUUCACCAAUUACACCUUCAAUGAAUGAAAUUCCAACACCUGUCUCUGCAACUGAUAAUACUCUUCUUGGAUUUUUAAGUGACAAGUUUUCAUUAAUUGAUUUGGGUUCAUCCAAUGCUGGUACUACUAAGGGUUCUGCCUCUCCAACUGUUUCACCAAACGUUGUUAGUAAUAAUACCAGCUCUACAAUAACUGAAACAACAGCUCCAAAGAAAAAGACAGUCAAGAAGAGUGUUAAACCAAUCAAGACUAAGAAACAAGAAUCAUCUGAUAAUGAAGAUGAAGAUUCUGCUGAUGAAUAUGAUGCAAUUUUCCAAAAGACAACCACUCAAAAAGCAGCUUCUCAAGAUGAAAAGAAGAAUGCCAUCUUGGAUUUGUGGGGACAUUAA